UUUAACUGCGCAGUAAAGCUAGAAAUGUGGCGGUCAGCACUACUCGUUCUUCUCUGCUCCGUUCAACUCUCUUUACAGUUCUCUAUUGAGAAGAAGGUGACUGCGCUAACACAAGGUAGUAGAGAAGGGAAAAAGAUCAGCAGCGCCGUAUCUACCAGAUUAUUCUUUGUAUUUGAUGAACCAAGCUGCAGGAAUUGGUGGUUGAUCGUUGAGCCACAUUGUUUCCUAGUAGAAUCCACUGGACUCGAUCCCUUCAGGGUACACACCUGCUGUAAGGUUUACCUCCAGGAUAGGAUUGACCGGCUGGAUCAAGAUGGCGGUCAUGAGUUUGAAUUUAUAGAAAAUCAGGAAGUAACUGUUGUCAAUGCUGACAACUUUGAUUGUUGUUGUAAGAAAACAAAGAAGAAGAAAUCUUUCACUUUUGGAGAUUGCAAGAAGCAUCAUGGAUGGGCAGAGCGUAAAAAGGAUAAAUGCGACGAUGAUGAUAAUGAUAGUGAUAAAAAAGGGCAUGGACAUGAUGAUCACAAACGUCAUAAGAAUGAUGAUAAGCACAAGAAGGAUGAAUGUAAGAAGGAUAAGAAGACUGGUUGGUACAAUUGUAAAUGCAAAGAUAUCGGAAGCGCAACUGAAAUAUCUCUGAAUGAAACCCGAUCUGUUCAGGGAGUUAUUAUUAUAACUGAUUUUAAAAAUAAAGCUGAAGUUAGCAGGCUUGGUGCAAAAACAGAUCUUGAAACCCAAUUUGUUUACACGGAUACGGGUUCAAGUGCCAGUAUUAUAAUAAUAGCUCAUGUAUCGUUUUCAGUAGAGGCAACUGAGGUUAGUAAGAAGACGACCGUGACUACUCAAAUUAUUUUAACUGAAAACCCAACCAACCCGGGAAUUAUUAUUGUCGCAGAUCAAGCAUAUUCCAUUGAAGCAAAUAAUAUUGUUAAAGAAACAACAUUUGACACUCAAGUGAUUCUCACCAAAUCUGAAGAAAAAUCAGAUAUAAUGAUCAUUGCUGACAUAUCAAACUCAGCUGCUGUUACCACUAUUAGAAAAUCAACAUCACUGACGAUACAGAUCAUUCUUAUUCAAGAUACAAGAGUUGCGCUUGAUCAACCUCCUACUAUUCCAGGAGUCAUAAUUAUAGCUGACAUAUCAAACUCCGUUGAAGUAAAUUCACUUAGUCAAUCAACAUCACUUGAAUCCCAAGUAGUAUUUACUGACUCAACAACGCGCUCAAAAAUAAUAAUUAUUGUUCAUAUUUCAAAUUCAGCUGUGGCAACUGCUCUAAGCAAAACUAUAACCCUUGAUGUACAAAUUAUUCUGACUCAAGUCAAAACCAAUCCUGAUAUCAUAAUUAUAGCAGACAAAUCAAAUACAGAUGUUGCCAAUGCUCUCAGUGAAGCUUCAACACUGUCUGCACAAGUAGUUAUCAGUGAUCCUGAACCUAGUUCAGAAAUAAUGUUCAUUGCAGACAUUAAACACUCUGCUGAAGUAAAUACUUUGAAAGCAGCCACGUCACUUAGUGUGCAAGUUGUUCUUAUAGAAUCAACCAUUAAUAUCAAUAUUCACAAUUCGGUUGUAUCAAACACCAUCAUUGAAAUAGCAGCAUCUAUAGUUGAAGCUAUAACUACAGUAGCUGAAACAACUACUGAAGCUGAAACAACUACCGAAGUUGAAACAACUACUGAAACUGAAACAACUACUGAAUCUGAAACCACCACUGUAGUUGAAACCACUACAGUAGCUGAAACUACUACUGAAGCUGCAACUACUAUUGAAGCUGAAACCACUACAGAAUCAGAAACUACUACUGAUGCUGAAACUACUACUGUGACGGAAACAGCAACGGAAGCUGAAACUACUGCUGUGACGGAAACAGCAACUGAAGCUGAAACUACUACUGUAACUGAGACAGCAACUGAAGCUGAAACUACUACUGUAACUGAGACAGCAACUGAAGCUGAAACUACCACUGUAACUGAGACAGCAACUGAAGCUGCAACCACUACUGUAGCUGAAACAGCAACUGAAGCUCCAACCACUACUCCACUUCUGUAACUGAGACAGCAAC